ACACUUAGUUGGCAUAUUCAUUUAAUAUAUUUUAUAAUUUUCUGGUAUAUUCAAGGAGUUCUUUGAUAGAUUCAGUAAAACUAAAAAUACUUUAAAAUAAUUAAGUUGCAUUUAGUGUUUGCCUAAAAUUAACAUUUUAUCGAUUGCAUUAUCGAUUUUUACCAUAGAUCCACACAAACUCUUUACUCUAUUUGUCUCAGCUGUCAAUGACAUUUCGACGUUCGAAACGUAUUUUUACGAAAUGUAUUUUGCCUAAUUUUCUUCAUUGAAUCGUAAACUUACAUAAUUAUUUCAUUUUAAGUAGCAGAGUUAUGCAUCUCAAGAUGUACGUGUAUUAAGAAUGUACUUAUAAAGUUAGUGGAUUCGCCAUAUCUUUGAUAACAAAAAUGGUAUCAACUUUGAAUUUAGACGAAAAAUACAAUAGAGUGAGGAGAAAUUUCUGUUUUUAUUUGGACAUUCAAGACCAUGGUCUGGCUCGAUCUAUAUCUCGCAGGAUUCAAGACAUGGGUCUGCAACAAGAGGUGUUCCUGACGUCGCGCGUGACGCACGUGGUGCGGUCCCGCGCUGGGUGCGGCGGGGGCGCGGGCGGGGGCGCGGGCGCGGCGGGGGGCGCGCGAUGGGCGCGGCGUGAGGGGCGCGCGCGCGCCGAUGCCAUGCUGGAGCGCGUGCGGCAGGACCCGCCACACAUCUCGCACAACUACCAAUACGUCCAGCUCACUGUGCAGAAGGCUAUAAGUCUUUUGGAUAAACUGUAUGAUACAUUCUUCACGGCGUCGCGCAAAGCGCAUGUCACGCUCUUCACUAAACAUUUUAUCAAGAUUGAAUUUUUGGACAAACUGUGCAGGCCUAUUUACAAGGAAUUCGAUGAGUGGCCUGAAAUAUCCCUAGAACCAGACCCACCUAAAGAAAAGAAGAAGGAAACACCAGAAAAAAUUACUAACCCUAAUCAAAAUACUAAAGAUACUGCUAUACCGAAAAUGACGAGAAAAAGCAGACCUCGAAUAAAAGAGCGCGAUGAAAAGGAAGCGAAGGGCGGCUACUGCGAGAUGUGCAACACGGACUACGUGGACGCGGCCCUGCACCGGCGCUCGCCGCACCACCUGGCCUUCGUGCGCAACCACACCAACUUCCUCGCGCUAGACUCGCUCAUCGGCUCCGGCGCAGACGUCACCAGCUUCCUCGACAAGGCCACGCCCGUCAACGGCGAGCGCCGCUCCUUAAGGAACAUGUGCAACGGUGACACCGACACCCCCAAGAACAAGCGCGCCUCGAAACGCUCGCAGUCGCCCGACUCCACGGUCAACGGCAAUCUCAGUCCCAGGCGCAAUGGAGUCAUAGAGGACGAGAGAAAACACAACACACGGUGUAGUAAACGUAACAAUGACGUCGUGCCCGAAGACAGGCAGUACUAUAAAGUUGUCGGUGUCAGUACAAAGCUGCGGUCGAGUGGCGGCUUUGCGAACAAAAGAAAAGAUUCUCCACCCGCCUGCAACGGUACCAAACCACUAGUUGUCAAGUUCAGGAAGGUGCGGAGGUCGGAGCUGUCGGUGCUGAGCGACGAGGCCGAGCAAUUCAUGUUCCCUAAGAGGGCCAGUUCCACCAGCUCCACUUCAUCAGAUGACGAUGACAAAGAACUUAGCACUCGGAGAAAGAGUACGCCACCGCCGCCACCUUCAAUAGAAAGGCGCAGGCUUGCGAGGCCACUCGCUCUCAAGGAAGAGUCAUCGGAAGAAGACAGUUGGUCAGAAGACAGACGAAGACGGACGAAAAAACGGACACCCGUAGUUGCAAAAAGGGCACGGAGAGUACCUUGUAAAUCACAGAGUACUGAACCACCCCCAGUUAAAGAAACGGUGGAGCAAGUGGUGCCAGCCGAACCACCAGCUGCACCAGAACCUGAGGUCAGCCCCUUGAGAGAGGAACCUAAGGAAAGAUGUAUGAAAUGGGAGGAUGGGAAACUCAAAUAUACACCAGCUGUGGAACAGUUGGAGUUCGCCUUUGAAUCUGUACCACAUAGUGAGCCCUGGUUUGAGACUUUUAAACGUCAAGAUGAAGACAAAGUGCUUACUAAAAAUGUACCCCAGUAUUUUGCUCUAUAUUCCAAAUCGCCAAAGUUACCAUAUGAAAUUGGUCAGUUACCACCUCUAAAGCCAAAUUGCUGUCCACUGAGCGAUCUAGUAAAAAGAGAAGAAAAGCCUGGACCGUCACGGUCGUACGGCACGAGGGGUAUGAAGAAACAGAAGAUAAGAAAGCGCACGGCCGUCAUCCAGGCUUUAGAGGGUCAUCCCAGGAAGUCACCCAGAGAACACGCGUCCACACUGGCAAUACUCGGCUCCGCGGGCCUAUUGCAUAGACGGAAACACGCAGACGACAACAAGUCUACAGCUUCCGAGGACACUAUCAGUGACACACAUAGCAAUAUCAAAAUAGACUCGGUGCUCUCUGAGACGCAGGAAGCCUCGGAAAGAUUGCAACAGUUCUUAUCAGAAGUGUUUGAGGACGCCGCGGAGUACGACGUGUCCGACGAGGUCAUGGACGGUGAAGCCGCCGUCACUACUUCCACAAAUGUCCCUGAUGUGUCCAGCCUCGUAUCUGAAUGUGAAAACUGCGAUCUUAUCAGAAACGAGAUCAAAGAAGCGGCAGACAGACCGAGAGGUCGACGCGGGAAAUUUAAAAAGAAGAAUAGAACAGGUUGGCCUAAUAAAAAGAAGCAAACCAAAAAGAGUUCCCGAACAAACAGUGUUGAAUCUGAAAACAAAGUUGAUAGCAGUAUAGACCGCUCGUCGGCAGAGCCACCUGACGACGACACGACGCAAGGCACAAUAAGUGAAGAGGACACAAAUCUAUCAGAGACUGAAAAAGAGGACAAAACUGUAAUAGAAAAAUCUGAGUUGAGCUCACAGGACAACACUCUCACAGAGGGCAAGGUGGAGGACAAGUGUGAGCCUAUGGACAUAUCGGACAGUAAAGUAAAAUCGUUACAGGAAUUGAAAUUAUCAGUGGAGAAAGUAAAGUCUGAUGAGAAAGAAGAACGUAAGUCGCGAAGUUCAGAGACUGAUGAGAAGAAGAAGGCGAAGCGCUCGCUGCAGGGGCUAGGCGAGUGGCUGCUGCCCGUAGUCCGCGUGGCGCGCGUGGACCCCACGGCGGCGCGGCGACUGCGCUCGGCCGCGCGCCCGCGCUCGCACCGCUACAGGUAGCCCGCGCGCGGCGCCAGCCCGACCAGGACAAUCACUACGCGUGAUCGCGUGUCGCGGACAUUACCGGUGUGCUUGCCGUAGACCUCGCGUUCAUCAUUGUUUUUGUUGUUAUUUAUUUUGUAAAUACACUGUUAGUCUGUUUCAUCAGAAAUCUUUUGGCGACAGAACUGGGAGCAUCAGUAUUUAAAUUGUUUUUGUUUAUAAGAAAAUAAUAUCUCGAGGCUGAAAACUUCGGAUUAAUGUACAUAGUGCUGUAAUAUAUUGAGAAAUGUGGACUCAUGCAUGUGUGUGUGUAAGAACAGUGUGGUGCGUAGACGUCGCGAGCUUAGUCUGUAUAUAAAUUUUAAUAUAAUAUGCUUAGAAAGUAUCUUUAUUUCAAUAGAUAAAUGGAGAUGCAGGAAUAAUUUGUAAUUUCAACUGUUAAAAUACUACUAAAUGUUAACAAUAAAUAUUGAAAUAAUCAUCUGUAGAAACAAUAGAAUUAUAAUCAAUGUGUUUAAUCUCAAUGUUGUCUGUACCAUUACCAACUAGUCAAACCUGAUAAUACUUUCCGCUGCCUACACUUCGUAUUUCUGGACCCAUCUCCUUUAUCAAUGUGAAACUUCAUCAAAAUAAAGUUGUAAAAAUACUAUGAUUCUCA